GUAUUGUAAAAAGAAAAAAAAACAACACAAAUAGAUUGCAGAGGCAAUACAGUUUGUAACUGUAUGUGCUGUGUUUUUUAAGUAAGUAAAAUAAACUGGAACUAGAAAUGUUUAUAUCUUGAUUUUUUUUUGUGUGUUGAAUUUUUUGGUCAAAUUAAUGGUUUUACAUUUUUCCUUGACUUUUCAAAGAAUGCUUCAAGAAUUAUACAAAGACUUGAUCUGUUGCUAUAUCAGUGACCUUUUUUUACCUAUGACAUUCUGAAGAUACCAGUAUUUCAAUGUAAUAAUAUAAUUAAAUACAUCUAUAAUUUUUCCUACUAGAAUGCCUCUUGGGAUGAAGUUGUGCACUCAUACAGAGGGAAAACAAACUAAAAAGAAGACUCUGAGGCUGAUUAAAUGGCUGCAAAAGAAACACCUUCUAAAGAAGAAGCUGAGAUGCCCUGUUUGCCACCAUAAGAUGAAAAUGAUAUCUGUGGUGAAGAAAGACCAAUUUAUGUGGAGGCGUGGCUUUCGGCUCAUUCAGGAAGGUCGGGGAUAGAGCAACAGCCCUUCAAAUUUUAAAAGCAAGACACAGUGCUAACUUUAUCUCAAUAUUUAUUUAUUUUUUAAUAUAAUUUUGUGAUAAUGUUUAUAGGUUCAUUUAUUUACCUCACUUUUUGGUUUGUUCUCAGGUGCUGCAAAAGAGCAAGUCAUAGAAAAGUCUCCAGAACAAUUAGAACUGGCUCCCUCUUUGAGAAAUCAAAAUCUUCUCUUUUCAGUUGGAUGAAGUUCAUCUACAGAUUUUCACAAGGGCUCAGGCUCAGGCAGAUAGAUAUGAUUGAUGAUGAUGUGGCUGGCAGCUCCAAAACAUUAAGUGCCAUGGCAAAGCGUAUUCGACAAGUCUGCAUCAGUGCAAUGGAAAGACACGGAGUAAAUAAAGGGCACUGUCUUGGUGGUCACAAAGAAUUUGUGGUUAUGGAUGAAAGCUGUCUCCGUCAUCAGCGAAAGUAUGCACGUGGACGCUUCGGAAAUGCUUGGAAAAGAAAGAAAUGGGUCUUUGGACUGAUGGGUGUGAAAGACAAAAGGCGAAGGCUCGUGUUAAAACUUGUAGAGAAACGAACAAGGCGUCACCUUGUUCCUCUGAUCAGACAGCAUGUUAAGUCGGGUAGUGCCAUUAUCAGUGAUGAGUGGAGAGCCUACAAGAAUGUCUUGACAAACAUGGGGUACAAACAUUACACAGUAAAUCACAGCAGGUGGUUUGUUGAUCCUCACUCGGGCAGUCAUACACAACAUAUUGAAAGAGCUUGGAUGACAAUUAAAGGACAUAUUCGCAGACUAAGAGGAAAUCGUACUGAGAUGUUGUUGGAGGAACAUCUUAAAGUUCUCGAAUGGUCAUCUUGGCUUGGUUCAAAACAUCCUGAUGGACCACUGGGACGCUUAUUCAAGGACAUAUGGAAAUCAUUCCCAGUUUAACCUGAAUCUCUUCUACAACAGUUUUUUUUAGGGAGGGGGUAUUUGGUGUGUUUGAUGAGUUUGGAUGUUAAAUGUGCUACACUUACAAUACAUGACCAUUUUUGACAGUAGUUAACAUAGUUUGUACAAAUAUUUUAAGCAUUUAGUGUAACUCUGAAGUUUAACAAAUUUAAACAUUUAAGACUAAUUUUUGGUAUUUAUAAAUGU